AUGGAGGUAGCAAGGUAUAAUUCUGCUGCUCAGCACCAGACUAUCCAGCAUACUGUUGUUAGUCCACUGCUAAAAUCGCGUUCAGAGGUUCUGCGGAUAAUAGAAGAGCUGUCGGAAAAACGCUAUGCAGAAGUUGUAGAGAUGAUGUUGCCUGUUGGAGAUAUCCUAGUACAUUGUUUGGAUACCUCAUUACUCAAGCAGAAGACACUUUCUGAUGUUUUUCCACCGAUAACCAAGUUCUACAUGGUGGCCUACUGUGCAUCAACACGUCGCAUAGCAUUUGGUGGUAAAAACGGCACAUGCAUUGUACAUGAGCUUAGAGCAGCUAAAGCCCAUGUAGGUUUUCACCUUUUCAUGCUUUUGAUCAACUUUUACGCUUUUUUGGAAGAAUCAGGCCAGCUCAUACAGAGCUUACAAGCCCAUCAAGGUCCCGUAACAGCCGUUGCCUUCUCAGAAGAUGGCAAAUAUCUAGCUACUUACGGUGGGCAAGAUGCCAAAAUCAACUUCUGGCAGACUAGUCAAACUUUCUUGGUGAGGUCUUUGGGUAGCAUUCCAAUGUCCUGCUAGUG